AGUGUCAUCGCUACGGAACAAUAGGCAACGCGUAGAAUUCGGAAUUUCUGUGAAUUGCGAAAAAAGUGGGGAAAAGCGGCAACCGGAGGCAAUCUAGCGGCCAAGCAUGUCUGACGCGGAGCCGGAACAGACGCCCAGCGCGGGCCACGUGGAGGAGCAGCCGCCGGAGGAGGAGCACGAGCCGGAGCAGGAGCCCGGCGAGGAGUACUCAUCGGGCGAGCUGCUCGCCAGGCUGGGAGUCAGCCGCUCGGAUCAGUCGGCGGACCAGUCGCUGGACCUGAGCGGCGCCCAGGCGGAGGCCGCGGACGAGUCGGAGCCACCGGCCAAGCGGCCGGCUCGCGACAUCAGCCCCAUUUCGGAGGACAGCACGCCGACGAGCAGCACUUCGACCAGUUCCACCAGCACAUCCAGCUCCUCCCGCUACGACGACAUCAGCGAGGCGGAGGAGGCGCCCCCCGAACCGGAGCAGCAGCAGCAGCACAAGCAGCAGCAGCAGCACAAGCAGCAGCAGGAAGAGGGUCAGGCGGAGCAGAUGGAAGUGCCGGAACAGCACCGGGAACAGAAUCAGGAUGUGCUGCGCGGCCAGGAGCAGGAAGUGGAGGUGGACCCAGACAUCGACACCGAGGACGAGCCCUCCUCCAACACGGUCAUCUGUGUGGCCGACAUCAAUGCCUACGGCAGCGGUUCCAACCUCAACGACUACGCCUUGGAUCCCAAUGCGCCCGCCAAGGCCAUCAUCACCGAGGUGGUCACCAUUCCCGCUCCCCUGAACAUCCAGGGUGCCAACCAAAUGGGUCUACAACUGCCGGCCCUCCAACCGCCGCCACCACCGCCUGCUCCGGCUGCUGCUGCUGCGGCGGACGACGAAGUCCCCGAGACGCCCGCCUCGCCCACCGACGAUGGCGAGGAGCCACCCGCCGUCGGCUUGUCCUCGUACAUGCGCAUCCGCUACAUGCAGGGCGACCUCUUCACCGGCCUGCCCGCCCGCCUGGCGCCCCGUGAUCCCCGCCAGCGCAAAAUGCCGCCGCCAGCCAAUGUGCUGCCCAUCAAGACCGUGCUGGGGGCCAAUGUGGAGGCCAUUUCCGACGACAGCACCGAGACGAGCAGCAGCGACGACGACGACGAGGAGGAGGAGGAGGACGAGGACGAUGCCAUGACCAUGGAGCACGACAGCACCUCCAGGGAGACGGUGAUCACGACGGGCGGCGAUCCCAUGAUGCAGAAGAUCGACAUAAGCGAGAACCCCGAGAAGAUCUACUAUAUACGGCGCGAGGAUGGCACCGUGCACCGCGGCCAGGUGCUGCAGUCCCGCACCACGGACAACCCGGCCUGUCCCGACGAGUACUAUGUGCACUAUGUGGGCCUGAACCGCCGCCUGGACGGCUGGGUGGGCCGGCACCGGAUCUCGGACAAUGCGGAUGAUUUGGGCGGCAUCACGGUGCUGCCGGCGCCACCUUUGGCCCCCGAUCAGCCCAGCACGAGCCGGGAGAUGCUGGCCCAGCAGGCCGCCGCCGCGGCAGCUGCCUCCAGCGAGCGACAGAAGCGGGCUGGCAACAAGGACUACUAUCUGUCGUAUUGCGAGAACAAUCGCUACGACUACAGCGACCGCAAGAUGACGCGCUACCAGAAGCGGCGCUACGACGAGAUCAACCAUGUGCAGAAGAGCCAUGCGGAGCUGACCGCCUCGCAGGCGGCGCUGGAGAAGGAGCACGAGUCCAUCACCAAGAUCAAGUAUAUCGACAAGCUGCAGUUCGGCAACUACGAGAUCGACACCUGGUACUUCAGCCCCUUUCCCGAGGAGUACGGCAAGGCGCGCAUCCUCUAUGUCUGCGAGUACUGCCUGAAGUACAUGCGCUUCAAGCAGAGCUACGCCCGCCAUCUGCACGAAUGCAACCGGCGGCAUCCGCCCGGCAGGGAGAUCUACCGCAAGGGCAACAUAUCCAUCUACGAGGUGAACGGCAAGGAGGAGUCGCUGUACUGCCAGCUGCUCUGCCUGACGGCCAAGCUCUUUCUCGACCACAAGGUGCUGUACUUCGACAUGGACCCGUUCUUCUUUUACAUCCUGUGCGAGACGGACCGCGAGGGCAGCCACAUUGUGGGCUAUUUCUCCAAGGAGAAGAAGUCGCUGGACAACAACAAUGUGGCCUGCAUCCUCGUCCUGCCGCCGCACCAGCGCAAGGGCUUCGGCAAGCUGCUGAUAGCCUUCAGCUACGAGUUGUCGCGCAAGGAGGGCGUCAUCGGGAGUCCGGAGAAGCCGCUCUCCGACCUGGGCAGGCUGAGUUACCGCAGCUACUGGGCGUAUACCCUGCUGGACCUGAUGAAGAACCGCUGCUCCCCGGAGCAGAUCACCAUCAAGGAGCUGAGCGAGAUGAGCGGCAUCACGCACGACGACAUCAUCUAUACGCUGCAGUCCAUGAAGAUGAUCAAGUACUGGAAGGGCCAGAACGUGAUCUGCGUGACGGCCAAGACCAUACACGACCACCUGCAGCUGCCGCAGUUCAAGCAGCCCAAGCUGACCAUCGACACCGACUACCUCGUCUGGAAUCCGCCCAGCGCCGUGGCCAGAGCUCCGGGCAGCUCCGGCUAGCAUACGGCGCCACGGGACCCCGUCCUGCACUCAUCGCAGAUAAUUGUCAUAGACGAUGAUGAUGAUUAGGCUCAGACUACUAGUUUGUGUCCGCAGACCGCUGUACGUGUUGCGGCAGAGACCGAGCAGAGCUGUGCCCAUAUAAUAUUUAAAAUAAUGAAGCAAUCAAUACCCUCUAUUUGAUUUGCCACUUUUUUUUCAUAGUUAUAAGUCGAGACUCGUAGGGCCCAUAUUGUGAGAACCAGAUACACUCCGAUGUAUUAUGAAACCAUUUAAAUUGUGUAGCUUUUCAUAAAACAUGAGCAUAUUCCAACCACAAGAACAUUGGUUAAGCUUUUCACAAUAUAUUAAUAAAAUAAAAUGAUGGCUUCUAAAAAUAAACUCAGGAAAUCAUUAGCACACAA